UCUGGCUGACGUCUGUCCAGACCUGGAUUUUAGACCUGGCUGACAACAGACCUCUGAUCAGCUCUGGCCACUUAACAAGGCCGUGUGGGAUUUGGCUGUGUCUGUAUAAUGGUUUGUGUCAGCCUUUGAGAAGCACUAAGCCCAAGAUUAUCUAGUAAAAAGGUUUCCUUUUCCUCCUGUGAUGUCUUAGUGAGGUGAGGGGCAGUGAGAAGACAUUAUCACACCUCCAGCUAGGACUGAGGCACCAUGCCGCUCAGCAGGUCCCUCUCUGUCACCUCCCUAAAUGGACUCCCUCAGUGGGAUGAAGAGGACCUUCCCAUAGAAGACCUUCUACUCUUUGAGAUCUCCUGGGAAGUCACCAACAAAGUCGGCGGUAUCUACACAGUCAUCCAGACUAAAGCUAAGAUGACGGUGGACGAGUGGGGUGAGAACUAUUUCAUGAUGGGCCCCUACUACGAGCAGAACGUCAGGACGCAGGUGGAGAUCUGUGACCCUCCGAGCGCAGCUUUCACCAGGGCGAUGGAUGCGCUGCAGGCUCAGGGCUGUCAGGUGUACUUUGGUCGGUGGCUGAUAGAGGGCAAUCCCUACGUUGUUCUGUUUGACAUCAGCUCCGCCGCUUGGAACCUUGACAGAUGGAAAGGGGAAUUUUGGGAUGCGUGUAGCGUGGGAAUUCCUUUCCAAGACCGGGAAGCCAAUGACGCCUUAUUAUUUGGGUCGCUCACAGCGUGGUUCCUGAAAGAGCUGACUAAUCAAUUCAACGACAAGCCGAACGUCAUUGCUCAUUUCCACGAAUGGCAGGCUGGAGCUGGUCUAAUACUGUGCCGGUAUCAGAAGCUACCCGUGGCUACAAUCUUUACCACCCAUGCCACCCUGCUGGGGAGAUACCUGUGUGCGGCCAACAUGGACUUCUACAACAGGCUGGAUCAGUUUGACAUAGACAAAGAGGCCGGAGAGCGCCAGAUAUAUCACCGCUACUGCAUGGAGCGAGCAGCCGUCCACUGCGCCCACGUCUUCACCACCGUCUCCCAGAUCACCGGCAUCGAGGCUGAGCACAUGCUGAAAAGGAAAGCGGAUGUGAUCACUCCCAACGGCUUAAAUAUAAAGAAGUUCUCCGCAAUGCACGAGUUUCAGAACCUGCACGCCAUGUACAAGGCGCGGAUCGAGGAAUUCAUUCGUGGCCACUUCUACGGACACCUCGACUUUAACCUGGAGAAGACGCUAUUUUUCUUCAUUGCUGGUCGGUACGAAUAUUCUAACAAAGGGGCGGACUUGUUCCUGGAGGCCUUGUCCAGGCUGAACUUCCUGCUCCGGGUCCAUCGGAGUGACGUCACUGUCGUUGUGUUCUUCAUAAUGCCUACAAAAACAAAUAACUUCAAUGUGGAGACGCUGAAGGGACAGGCGGUGAGGAAACAGCUCUGGGACACCGCUCACGCCGUUAAGGAGAAGUUUGGAAAAAAGUUGUAUGAAGCGUUGUUGAAAGGGGAAAUUCCUGAUCUAAACAAGAUUUUGGAUCGAGAUGAUCUGACGAUUAUGAAGAGAGCGAUAUUCUCCACACAGCGCCAGUCUCUGCCGCCGAUAACCACGCAUAAUAUGGUGGACGACUCAGCGGAUCCCAUCCUGAACACCGUGCGGCGCCUCGGACUCUUCAACAGCCGGACGGACAGAGUGAAGGUGAUUGUACAUCCGGAAUUUCUGACAUCCACAAGUCCUCUCCUACCUCUUGAUUAUGAGGAGUUUGUUCGGGGAUGUCACCUGGGUGUCUUUCCUUCAUACUAUGAGCCCUGGGGAUAUACACCUGCUGAAUGCACCGUCAUGGGAAUCCCCAGCGUCACCACCAACCUGUCGGGAUUUGGCUGCUUCAUGCAGGAACAUGUAGCUGAUCCGGCAGCUUAUGGCAUUUACAUAGUGGAUAGGAGAUUCCGUUCUCCGGAGGAAUCGUGUAACCAACUGACCCAAUUCUUGUACGGGUUCUGCCUGCAAUCCCGGCGCCAGAGAAUCAUCCAACGCAACCGAACAGAACGCCUCUCAGACCUCCUGGACUGGAGAUACCUGGGCAGAUUUUACAUACACACGAGACACCUGGCCCUUUGUAGGAUGUUUCCAGACAAGUUUGAGAUGGAGCCAAGCGCCCCACCAAAGACCGAAGGAUUCCGCUACCCCAGACCAUCCUCCGUGCCUCCUUCCCCAUCAGUUUCCCAACCGUCCAGUCCUCAUCACAGUGAUGAUGAAGAAGAGGACGGCGAUGAGAGGUACGACGAGGAUGAAGAAGCAGAGAGGGAUCGCCAGAACAUCAAGUCCACAUUUGCCCUUGGGCCGGUUUCUCGAAGCAAGAAAAAACAUGGAGAGUACAGAAACUGAAAUGACCCAGAAUGUACCUGUAAUACCUCUGUGUGCCAGCAGGGGGGCUCAGGAUGCUGUUAUACAAUGCCCUUCACUCCCCCCUCUGGCAGGGAAUAGGUACUGCGGCUCUGUCUCCCGUAGGAUCUAGACUAGAUUUGUCUGGUGUAGUGCCUCUGUCCCUACGAAUAUGUAUCUGUGGCGCAGAAAUAGUUAAACCUUCUUUGCUUUCA